AUGUCACCGACGUCCAAACAAGGACUAGAGAAUGUCGACGGCGGCCAUAUAGUCAUCUGCCCUUUCCCGUUCACAUGCCACCCAACCGCUCUUUUCAACUUGACAAUCAAACUAGCAACCUCGUCACCACAAACCGACUUCUCCUUCCUCACCACACACACAAACAAACUCUCCCUUCUCUACCCGAGAAACAACAACGCUCCUCCACCAACCAACCUCAAGCUCCACACCAUCUCCGAUGGCCUCCCCGACCACAACAACUCGGCAAAAGAAGCAGCAGAUAACCACAAAAACUUCUACCACAUGGACCGCUUCAACGAGGCCAUGCCCGGGAACUUCAAGCAAGGAAUCGACGCAGCGACGAAGGCAAGCAACAAGAAGAAGAAGAAGAUCUCUUACAUCAUAGCGGACGCUCUCUGCGCGGUAGGAGUUGCACCCAUGGCCAAGGAGAUGGAGGUUCCAUGGGCAGCUCUGUGGGUCAAUGCUCCCUUCGCCCUCCACCCUUUCUCUCAAAUGGAUCACAUCUAUCAGCUCUCCCUCCAGCUGCUUUCUCCCGACGAUGAUCAUAACCAAAUCAUCCCUGGGUUCUCCCCGCUGCGCUUCAACGACCUCCCCGAAAACUCGCUCCAGCCCACUGGCAUGCCGUACCUGGGCCCCAUCAUGAGGGCACUCCCGGAAGCGUCGGCCAUCGUGCUGAACGCUUCCCGAGAAAUAUGCUGUACACCACUUAGCAGCAGCAUUUCAUUUUUUCUCGACGGUCCAGACCAUAAACCCCAGCUGGGGAAGCUGUUCUUCGCGGGUUGCCUGACGUUGCCAUCAGUACUUACGACGACGCCGUCAUCGUCGUCGUCACUGGUCAACAGUGACGACGACGAUGGUACGAUCUUCCCGGAGGGACUGAUGGAGAAGCUGCCACGUGGGUUCGUGGAGAGGACGCGAGAGUACGGGAAGGUGGUUCCCUGGGUGCGGCAAGUGGAGGUGCUGAGGCACGGAGCGAUCGGGGUCCAAGUGACGCAUUGUGGCUACAACUCCGUUUUGGAGAGCAUUUUCGGCGGGGUGCCGUUGAUCUGCAGGCCGGUUUGGGCUGACAAUCACAUCGUCGCGAGGUGGGUGGAAGAGGUUUGGGAUAUCGGCGUUGGCGUUGAAGGCGGGAUCUUUACCAAAGAUGGGGUUUGCAGGUGUUUGGCUGUUGUUUUGGGAGAGGAGAAGGGAAGGGAGAUGAGGGCGAAUGUUGGUGCGCUUAGGGAGAAGAUGCUGGCUGCUGCUGGACCAAAUGGCAGUGCUGGCAAAGACUUGGAAGCUCUGUUGGAGAUGAUGAUGAUGCACGCUGGCUAG